AUGGGUGUCAAACGAUCACGUUCCGACUCUGACUGUGAAUCUCCUCCCAAGAAAAGGAGAGAGAGUAUGGAAGGCGAUUUGCGGUUUAAAGGGCCUCGCAAAGUAGUGAAGUUUCUGCAACUGUGUUAUCGUAUAGAAAAUGCUGUGUGGACUCUUUCUGAAGUGUACCUGCUUAAUGUUGUAGAACAUUUGGAGGACCUGUACCACCAGGGGGAGCUACUGGGAGAGGGUGGUUAUGGAGCCGUGUAUGCCGGCACUCGCAAGGCCGAUGGCUUCCCAGUGGCCAUCAAACAUGCCCGAAAGGAUGACGAGGAGCUAGAACUGCCUGGACUUGACGGGCCCAUCCCAUUGGAAGUGGCGCUAAUGAUGCUCGUCAGCCAUGAGUCAUCUUGUGCCAACGUGCUGAAGCUCAUGGACUGGUUCAGUGGACCAGAAGAUUACAUUAUGAUCCUGGAAAGGCCGGAUCCAUGCCAGGAUCUGUACGAAUUCUGCGAUAGCAAAGGGGGCUACCUCUCAGAAGAUGUUGCAAGGCACGUGCUGGUCCAGGUGCUCCAGGCUUUGCGUCACUGCCAGGACUCAGGCGUCUUCCAUCGCGACCUCAAAACAGAGAAUCUGUUAAUCAGGACGGACACUUUGGAGGUUAAACUAAUUGAUUUUGGCUGUGGAGACAAAUGGAAGGACACCCCCUAUGUGGAAUAUUCAGGUCAGUAAGGGAGGCUAAUUAAAAACCUGUCAAACUAACCCCUGUUUUUAACAGCAAGUAGCAGGUAACCUGGACCUGUGAUAACUCCCUGCAGUGGAGUUGGAUGUGUAUUCUUCGGUCCUAACCUAACUCAUUGCAGUAAGUCAUUUGCCUUGUUAUUUCAGGAACAGAGGACUUUGCUCCCCCAGAGCUGUUCCUGAGUGGGGAGUACCUAGCUGGCCCCACCACGGUCUGGUCUGUAGGCCUCACACUUUAUGAGCUAGUGUGCGGCUACUUGCCCUUCCGCAACAAGAGGGCAAUCAUCUCAGGCUGCUUGAUAUUCCCCUCAUGGGUCUCUCCUGACUGCUGCAGUCUGAUUCGCCGGUGCCUGAGGCGUAAGGUGGCGGAUAGGCUGACAUUGGAGGAGAUUCAGGUCCAUCCAUGGCUGCAGCAGACGUGACUGCUGACCUGAAGGUCAAACAAGAAAAUAUUGUUUUGUUAACCUUCUGUAAUCAUGAUCAUCUUAAAUAAUGCGCAACUGUCAAAUAAAAGAUUUACUUUCACAAAUGCUCUAUAUAGGUGUUUCUCAUUUGUUCUGAUUUCUUGGUAACAGUGGUUAGUUGAUGCACAAUAUCCUGGUUCCCCGAAUAUCCAAGUCAUAUCAUAAUGAUUUGACC